GCAGACCAAGACCAGUGAAAGCCUCUCACAGAGAGCAAUAGUCGAUGAAUCAGGUGUCCCCUAGAGUUCCCCUGAACACUUCACUGGGGACAUUUUUGAAUUUCUUAACACCUAAUCACUCCUAUCAUCAAGGCUUGUUAGCUAGCUAGCAUCAUUCUCUGUGUUGCUAGCUUCAUUUUUAUCCCCUUUUUUUUCCCCUUUAAUUUGUGCUUUCUUAUGUCAUCAUUCCGGUUAAGCUUAGAUGAUCCUGACAGUUGCUCCUAAGACCUAACAGGAAAAGUUGGAGUAAUUCAGGGCAAAGCCAGCCAGAUGUUAUCUCGGCUAUAAAAGGAAACUUGAGAGGUAUGCAAUUACACAAAAUGAUAAUAAAAUAGUAAUUUCUACUUUUUGUUGUUGUUAGGACACUUUUUCUCACUUAAUAAUGGGAAGUCUUUAGGUACAGCUAUUUUUCGUAGCCCUAAUUUCCAUCUCCUGUCUUCUCACCAGUAUGCAAGCUAUGUUCAGUCUGUCAGAAAAUUUGGUGAACAGUACGUUUUUUUUUUUGUUCAUAUCUUUCCCAAGGAUUAAACUCCUAGAAAUCUAGAAUAACUCUUAAAAAGUUCUGAUUAUAAUUACCUUUGAAUGUCAAAAAUUUCAUUUGUAAUGGCAGCCUCGGCUUGGGUCCUAAUAGAGCCAGUCCCAAGUCCUCUUAUCUCUAUGAAACAAUAUCACUGGAGAAGUUUAGAUUGGCAAGGUUUAACUCUCACCCAGCCAGCAUACAAGGGACCUGAGUGUUGAUUUGCAGUUUCCAUUUUAAUUGACAUAGACCAGUCCUAUCUUUUAGAAUCACAGUACUGGGCGAAUUCACACUGACAAGGGCUUGUUCUCACCUGCAAGAGAAGAAAAGCAUUUUCAAUUG